UUCGUUUCAAGUAAAGUCACUUGUCAUUCUACUUACUCCGUCCUGCACUUGCGCAGAUAAUGGUAACUUUAUCAAGUCAAACUACAACUACUAGAUUAGCAGUAGCAGUUGUACUAACCCUAAAAUAUGUAAUAUCUACAUGAUCUAGAACACUACAACUGGAGGUCUACUACAUCACACUAGUACUUGUCCUGGAUCUUAACGUUGUCAACAUGGGUGACAGGCGUAGUCGUAGUCGCACGCGCAAGGAUUCGCGUGGGCGGUGGCGGGACCGGAGACGAGAUGAUCGAGGGUGCCGAGACAGAGACCGCGACCGUCUUGGACCUGCAAUGCUGGGUUCGCGUGAGCUCUUUCUUCAGCAGCAAGGCGGGGUGAGUACUAGACAGGAGAAGGACACCAGCCGGAAAAAUAGCAGAGGACGCAGAUCCAGGGACGAAAGACGGCAUGGGGAUGAAGUACACAGGAGAAGUGGGGAUAAGAAUGAUAAGAAAGGAAAGCGACGUGGCGGAAUAAAUCGGAGCUCUUCGCGUAGUUCGUCAUCUUCAUCUGGAAGCUCUCGUGGUAGCCGUAGCUCCCGUCGUGGAGCGCCACGAAAACAAAUACCACAGUUUAUCCAGAGCGGCGGCGUGCCAUAUGUGAGCCGCAAAGACCGGGAAGCCAUGGCUGCCGCGAAAGCGGAAGAAGAGGCUGCGCUUUUGCUUGCGCAGGGUCUGCCUUUGGGGCACCUGAUUGCGGCAAAAGCUGGCGUCGUCACAUCAAGCGCCACCGCAGCGAUGGCUGUGGCAGCUUCGACUGCAAAUGCAGGAGCGAUUGGUGGCAGUGCAACCGCGACAGGCGGAAAUAAAUCAGCGUCCUCUGGUGCGCUUGUGCAGGGUAUCGCGAAUCUUGGUCCAGCAGUCGGAACUACAGCGAGCGCGGUACCGAAAGCUGCAAGACAGAGCGGACUGCCUCCUGUUGCGAUGGCAGCCGCAGCUUCGUCGCAUGCAGUAUUUCUGUGAACGAAUGAUGAAUUUGAAUGAUGAGAAGAGUGAGCAGUAGACCCUAUCACUAACUCCAAAUGAUUGUUUGGCAGGAUACGGAUCAGCAUCAGCUUCAUUAAAUACCAUAUCGUAAGAUAGAGAAGUUUUGAAGACGUAGCUUGUUUUAGUUUUGAGAUAUGCAGAUGCAGUUGCAGUUAACUUGCACCUUAGAUGAUAGAUACAUUUCUCACUUCUUUGCCUUUGCUUUUUACUUGUUGAUGUAACUGUGACGCUUCUGUUUUUAGGUUUACAAUCCUGCGGCAGCUCCACCUGGAUCGGCAGCGCCCUCACCUAAUCUGCUACCUACUCCAGCUUCACAAACUGCAUUUAACGCUUCAAUGAAUAAUCCGUUUACGAUCCCGCCUUUUGUUGGUAACUCGGAGCGGCCUGGAACCAACUAUCCCUCGAUUCCAAAACCAAACGGAGGAAGUGGCUGCCCUGUUGCUCUCUCUGCAGCAGGCAGCAACCUCGCUGCAGGAGGAGCUGUGACAGUAGCAGGCUCUUCUGAAAAUCCAGCAAGAUCACGCGCAGCAUUGCGAACCCAGGUGCAGCGGAAUUUAGACGGAUUUAUUCUAGACGCGCUGACGACCUCAGAUCCAUCGAAGCAUCGAUUUCAAUCUGCACGCGGAGCAAUGGAUCGCCAGCUGAGAGAGGGCACGUCACGGGGCGCCGAUGUUGAGGAUCCGUUGGACGCGUACAUGAGCACACUAGGGAAAGAGCUGCAGGACAAGGUACUUUUUGUAAUUUUAUGAUUAAUUUAAAGAAACGAUGCGCCGUGUCAUUCUCAUUCGGUAGUCGUCGCAAGAAAUGCGAGAACUUGCUUUUGCUAUUGAACAAGGACAAGUAGUAGAACGAGUAGAGUGCCAACUCUGCAGCUGAUACUUGUUGUUUCUGAUCUUCAGGUGAUCUAACCCUAAGCCAACCCAAUCCCACAGAACCAUAAAACAAUCUUAUUCCAAGAUUCUAUCCUUCGACUGCAUCUUCAUGUUAGUACUGGUAGCUACAUCCUGACCUUUCGCUACUAGUCAUCUUCAUCAAUCAAGUUGUGCAUCAUCAUCAUCAUCAUCUUGACCACCAUAUCACGGUUAAUAUUUCGAACAGAAACUCGCGGUUCCCGGCAAUAUUUCUCAUACACGUGAAACAUUUGGCCAGAACGCAUUUCAGAAGCUGAGGCCACACGGCGGCGCGAAGCACAUGACCCCGAAUUCGCUACUGGAGGAGCGCUUUGCUUGAGCUGGUGUCCUUUGGUGUGACGGUGAUGUUGCCGCUGUGCGUCGUCCGUGGUACUGGUAUUCCGCAUUUGACAGCAAUGACAUAAGCAUGCGAGAAGGUGGCUCUCUCUCUCCUCAGUACAGCUACUUGGCGUUCAUGAUCUUUAGCCAGUACGCUGACUGGGCCGACAACAAGAACUAUUGAGAAUAAAGUUCCCACUUCCAUUAUAUUGAUUUCCGCUCCGUCACGGUCACCGGCCCCGAUAGACCACACUGCCAGUCACGAGGCCCGACGAAUUAUUCCCUGAUGAGGCGGAAAAUGUCUAUGCCACGUAUGUUUAUGUGAGUCAUUUACAUAAGUACUUGCUAGUACAUAGUUUACACCUCUAACGCAGGCCUCAUUCGAUGACCAACGAAGUAGCUCUGUCGGGUUGGUGAUUAAACUGUGGACGUUUCACAUGAUUGUUGGUCUUCACUUUUCGCGCUCGACGCGCCAUGAGAAGAAGCUUCUCUCGAAAUUCGAGGGGAAACUAUUCUGCAGCAUGUGUGCAUAGGCUAAGCAAAGUAAUCGGGAGUGCUGACUCGUGUCCUUGAG